CGAAUUGUGUGGUUGUUGGGUGAUGAAGAAUCUCAUAUUGAUGAGAAAACGAAAGAAUUGAAGGGUAAGGAUGAUAUGAUAGCGCUGAAGGAGAAGAUCAUUCAAGAGAAAGUAGAUAGCAUCGGGUCAUUGCAAAGUGAACUAUCAUCUCUCCAGAAUAAUGGGAAGACAGAUGCUCAAGAGCAAGUUAGAAAGGCGCAUGCACGUGCAGGUGAACUAGAGAAACAGGUUGAUAAACUUGCCAAGGAAUUAGAGACUCAACAAAAGAAAAAGGAGGCUCUGGAAGCCAGAGCAAGUGAAGCUGAGAAGAAGAUUAGUGAAUUGAACUUGAAACUAGCAGAUCUUGCAAAGAUUAAUGAGGAACAGAAGAGCAAAAUCCGUAAAACAGAACGUGCUCUCAAAAUUGCUGAGGAAGAACUGUUAAAAACAAAAUCCGAGGCCACCGCAAAGGCCAAAGAGCUGAUGGAGGUUCACGGUGCUUGGCUUCCACCUUGGCUUGCUGUACAAUUAGUUCAUUGGCAGUCUCUAGCGCAGGCACAUUGGAAUGAGCAUGGAAAACCUGCCAUGGAACUGGCCAUUCAAAUGGCCCUGGAGAAAAAAGCCCAAGCUGAAAAGUGGGCUAAGCCCCAUGUGGAAACAAUUAAAACUAAAUGGGUCCCAGCUAUAAAAGAGCAAUGGGUUGUGAUAGCAACACAAGUUGAACCUCAUGUGCAAUCAUUAACUGCUAAAACUGUCGAAAUCUAUGAGGCCUCAAAGACUACAAUCACUUCACACAUCAUCAGGGUACAAGAAAUAGUUGAUCCUUACUUUCAGGAAGCUAAAAAGUUCAGCGAGCCAUAUAUUAAUCAGGUUGCUACAGUGACAAAGCCCCAUGUUGAUAAAGUUAGGGUGGUUUUGAAGCCCUAUACAAAAGAGGCAGUUGAUGCAUACGGGAAAUUUUUAGAGUCUGCAACUACAUACCACAAUCAGGUGCAAGGCACUGUACAAGAGACACUGGAAAAGCAUGAGCUCACAAAACCACUCGCAACAAAAGACUCCGUCUGGUUCAUUGCCUCUGCGUUGUUUACCCUACCUAUCUUCAUUUUGGCCAGAGCUUGUUCUUCCAUCUUCUGCAAAAAGUCAAAGAAACCAGUUAGAAAUGCUCAAACCAGUCACUCUCGUCGCAAGGCUAAACGGGGGCAUCCUGACAAGUAGUCUCCUUGGUGCAUUGCUGGGUAUCUUAUGCUGCAAAAUAUUUGAGCUGGGACUUGUGAUCUUUGCAUGGGCAUUUGUGGCUACGAUAUUUCAUCCAGGAAGCUCCUGCAAUGUUGUUUUCUUUCCUUGUAGUUUUUGUGAAGAAUGUUUAGAACCUUUCGCACCACAGAAGGUUAGAUGUGUAUCAUGAGCCAUGUUCCCAACAUGGUGGUAGGCUUACACGUGUAAUUUAUUUUUUAUUCUUCUCGAGUUACAGUUGAAAUGACCAUAAUUUUGUUUAUUACUAUAAUCAUGUUUGUUCA